AUGUCGUCCUUCCGAUUGCUGUCCUCUGUCGCUCGGCGCGCACCCGCUUUUGCUUUGGGACGACGUGGUUACGCCGAUGUCAGCGACAAGUUGAAGUUGUCGUUGGUCCUCCCCCACAAGGCCAUCUUCACAUCACAAGAUGUCGUCCAAGUCAACAUUCCCGCCGAGUCUGGAGACAUGGGUAUCCUCGCCAACCACGUUCCUUCCAUCGAAUCCCUAAGGCCCGGUGUCGUUGAGGUUAUGGAGUCCUCGGGAACCCAAAAAUUCUUUGUUUCCAGCGGAUUCGCCACCGUCCACCCCAACAACAAGCUCACUAUCAACGUUGUUGAGGCUGCCCCUCUGGAGGACUUCUCGCUCGAGGCAAUCCGUGCCAACCUCGCUGAAGCCACCAAGGUCGCGUCUGGAAAUGGCUCCGAAGAGGUCAAGACAGAGGCCCGCAUCGAAGCCGACGUGUACGAGGCCCUCCAACACGCUCUCGCAAAGUAGACAUGUAGAUAAUUAUAGCAUCUGACUCUCUCUAUACUCUCUUGCUGAACUCUUUCAUUUCCUUUAUGCUGAGGGUCGGGCCUGAGAGUGAUGUCGUUCUGGUUACCAUUCUGCUUGCGCAAUAUACACAUGGCAUGUAGCGCGUC